AAACUUCCGCCUGGCGCCUCUUCAUGAUCCGAUUGCAAGGGCUUUCGAGAGGAAUGGUUUCAAAACCCCUUUGUUAGAGUGGUUCUGUAAUAACAAUGGCAGUUCCAAGUAGCUACAAUGAUAUAACGCAAGAUAAAGCUCUUCGAGACCAUAUUGGAUGGGCAUGGUAUGAUCGCACUUUUUACGUGCCUGUGAGAUGGCAAGCUGACAAGCAGAGAGUUGUUCUUCGUCUUGGGUCUGCCCAUUACAACUCAGUCAUUUACAUCAAUGGUGUAGCUGUGACGUCCCAUGAAGGAGGACAUCUCCCCAUAAUGGCUGAGAUAGCGGGCAGUCUUAAAUUCGGAAAGGAGAACCUCAUUACUGUGGCCAUCAACAACACUUUGACGCCCAGCACGAUACCUCAGGGAAAGAUUGUCUACCAUAACGACACUACGAAGUAUCCUCCAGGCUACUUUGAGCAGCAGAUAGACUUUGACUUCUUCAACUACGCAGGUCUUCAUAGGCCAGUUUACCUCUACACAACACCUCAAACAUAUGUUGAUGAUAUAUUGAUUAACACUAACAUUGAUGGGUCUGCAGGUAUCAUUUAUUACAAGAUAUUUGCGGCCACCUCUGGGAUCGGCCCCCAAACCGAAGACAAUGUGGGCUGUUCUGUUAAACUCCUGGAUAACGAGGGAGAUCAUAUCACUAGUGCUGUGGGUUGUGUCGGCACUAUUAAGAUCAGCAAUGCCAGUCUUUGGUGGCCGUACCUCAUGCAUAGCAACCCUGGAUAUAUGUAUACUUUGAUGGUAGCAGUGUCAGAUGCAUCUGGUGUGCUGGACCUCUAUCCUCAAAAAGUUGGCAUUCGCACUCUUGGGUGGAACUCCACAAUGCUGACCAUCAACAAUCAGCCCCUGUAUUUGCGAGGCUGUGGACGGCAUGAAGAUUCAGAUAUUAGGGGCAAAGGUGUCGACUACCCAUUGAUUGUGAAGGACUUCAGCCUCCUCAAGUGGCUGGGUGCAAACAGCUUCCGUACGUCUCACUACCCCUAUGCGGAGGAGAUCAUGGACAUGGCAGACCAGGAGGGGAUCAUGAUUGUGGAUGAGAGUCCAGCCGUUGAUCUCAAAGGUUUUGGCAAGGAGUUGAUGGAGCGCCACAUUGCUGUCAUGCAGGAGUUGGUCCGCCGUGACAAGAAUCGCCCGAGUGUCAUCAUGUGGAGUGUCGGGAAUGAGCCAAGGUCCAAUGAGCCAGCUGCUAAGGAUUAUUUCAGAUCUGUAGUAGAUGCUACCCAUGGUGCAGAUCCGUCUAGACCAGUGACGUGUGCACUCAAUCGAGGUGCACUGGUUGAUUUAGCU